CACUGGAUCAGUUUUGCAUUCCAAGAGAGGUGAGACACCCAGCACCAUACAAUUCUGCUGAAGAAAGCAAAGGAAAAGCAUCAGGAAUGUCUUUUAGCAGGAAAGUGGUCACUACAGUUAUUUUGACUGUGUUUGCACUGGGGUUCGUUUCAUGUCGACUUAUACUCAAACCAAAUAAAAGUCACAUGGGAGCUUGGAUGGAUGUAAAGGAGGAUGAUAAGAAAACACUGGAGGUUUUGAAUUUUGCGAUUGAAGAGUACAACAAAGGGAAUAUUGGCGACUACAUAGUCAAAAUCCGUAAGGUUAUCAAAUUCAGGAAGGAGAUGGUGGCUAGAAGGAAGUAUGCAUUAACAAUUGAAGCUGUUACAACAACAUGCAAAGAUUUUAAAUCACCAUCAGAAAACUGUCCAACCAAGAUAAAGAGAUGCAGCUUUCACAUUACGACUGUUCCUUGGAAAAAUAUCAAAACUGUGACAAGCCAAUUCUGUCAUGCCUAAAUCACACCCUAUCUGUGAUGGUUUCUUCUUCUAUCAAAGAUAAUACAUGUUUAAUGUAUCAGUACCAGUACUUUAUAACAUCUUCUUUCAGUCUGAGAAAUAGAUCAUUUAAUAAAGUUGCUUUGAUGGUUUGCAAAACUA